GAAGUUUACGUGUAGCAACAGUUGCGCAGAACCGGAAUAGGACAGCUUCCAAUCAAGAGUUGCCACAUUUGCCGGUUCACAAAAAUAACUCGCACAUUGCAUCAACUAAAAGAGAUAACUUCAUCAGGAAAAUAUAAGAUAACAUUCAGGAGGCAUUUGUCAGUCGUAUCAAUGCACUCCAUACAAAGACAGCUAGCUUUGCUAGCACUAAUUAGCCUGAUGCUGCCUGUUGCUUAUGGUGCCAGUCUUGCUGUGAUGUCUAUUGACCUUGGGAGUGAAUUUAUGAAGAUGGGCCUUGUCAAGCCUGGUGUUCCAAUGGAAAUAGUUCUGAAUGAUGAAUCCUCAAGAAAGACAUCGACAAUUGUGGCCCUGAGAGACGGAGAGCGUCUGUAUGGUACAGCAGCAGAAAGCACGGCAGUGAAAAUACCGAAAAAGGCAUACUGGUACUUGACACAGAUAGUGGGAAAGCGGUUUGAUGACCCACAAGUAGAUUUAUACAGAAAAAGAUUCCCAUACUAUAACUUAAUCAAGGAUGAAGAACGAGGAACACCGCUGUUUAAAACAGAUGAUGAGACCACAUACAGUCCCGAGGAAAUGUUAGCUAUGGUGUUAGAGAAAGCCAAGAGUUCAGCCGAAUCAUUUGCAGACAACCCUAUAUCUGAUGCUGUUAUCACUGUCCCCUCCUACUUCACCCAGGCAGAGAGACAGGCCGUGAAAGAGGCAGCAGAGAUGGUGGGAAUUAAUGUCCUACAGCUUCUCAGUGACAAUGUUGCAGUUGCCUUGAACUAUGGUGUGUUCAGGAGAAAGAUGUUCAACACCACGGCACAGUACUAUAUGUUUUAUGAUGCGGGUGCCACAAGCACGACCGCCACAGUAGUAUCAUACCAGAUGGUGAAAACUAAAGAAGGAGACCGAGUAGAGACCAAUCCUCAGCUUGUCAUCAAGGGAGUAGGGUUUGACAAAUCAUUGGGAGGGCUGGAGAUGACGCUACGAUUGAGAGAGCACCUGGCAAAAUUGUUUAAUGCUCAAAAGAAAACCAAGACUGAUGUCUUCACAAAUGACAGGGCCAUGGGCAAACUGUUCAAGGAGGCCAACAGGGUUAAAAAAGUCCUCAGUGCAAAUGCAGACCACACGGCACAAGUGGAGGGCUUGCUAGAGGACAUAGAUUUCAAGGCAAAGGUCACUCGUGAAGAAUUUGAGGAGAUGAACAAAGAUUUGUUUGAACGGGUCAUACAACCUAUUGAGGAUGCACUGAAAACAUCACAAGUUACACUGCCAGAAAUUAGUGAUGUGAUUUUGAUGGGUGGUGGAACUAGAGUACCAAAGGUGCAGGAGAUGUUACUGAAGUACCUGAAAAGAGAUGUCCUGGGUAAAAGCAUCAACACAGAUGAAGCUGCUGCUAUGGGGGCAGUUUAUCAUGCUGCCGAUCUCGGAAAAGGAUUCAAAGUCAAAAAGUUCUUGAUCAAAGAUGCAUGUCAUUAUCCUAUUGUGGUUGAGUUUGAGAAACAAACUGCUGAAAACACUGAGGACAAACCUAAAACAGUUAAAAGGACAUUAUUUGGUAGAAUGAAUCCUUACCCUCAAAAGAAAGUGAUGACGUUUAAUAAGCAUCUGAAAGAUUUCUCCUUCAACGUCACCUAUGGAGACCUGAGUUUUCUGAGUGCUGAGGAUUUGAAGUCCUUCCCCAAUCAUCUGAUCCACACCUAUCACCUGAAGGGGGUGGACACUGCAUUCAAAAAACAUGCGGACAAUGCGGACAGUAAAGGGGUGAAGGCUCACUUCAGAAUGGACGAAGACGGAAUCCUGCAUCUGGACAAGGUGGAAUUUGUGUUUGAGAAGGAGGCUGCACCAGAGGAAUCCACAUGGUCGAAACUUGGUGACACCUUAAGUGGAUUUUUUGGAGGAAAAGAUAGCAAGGAAGAGGAGAAAAAACCAACAACUGAUGACACUGCCCAGGAGGGAGACAAAUCCAGUGACAAGUCUGGUGAGGAGAAAAAAGAACCUGACACUCAACAACCAAAACCGGACAAGGGGGAAAGAAAGAUUCCAGCAGAUGAAGAAAAAAAGAAAGAGGACACCACAGAAAAACCGACAGAGGAGAAGAAGAGCGAUGACAAGGAGAAGAGCGAUGAUAAGGAGAAGAGCGAUGACAAGAAGACUGAUGAAAAGGAAUCGCAGAAAACUGACAAAAACAACACAGAGAAAGCUGACAAUGCGACAAAAUUGGACAACAAAACAGAGGAGGCCAAGGCUCCAAAAUUAAUGGUCAUCAAAGAGGAUAUAAUAGCAGAAAAUGUCUCUUUUGACAUCCCACCCGUAUCCAACGAAAAAUUUAAGGCAUCCAAGAAAAGACUUGCUGAAUUAACAGCCAAGGACAAGGAGAAGAAGUUAUUAGAGAUCGCCAAGAAUGACCUAGAAUCGUUUAUAUAUGACAUGGGUGACAAGAUCCAUGAUGAAGACCACGAGAAGUGCUCCACAGCCACACAGAGAGAGGAGCUGGCCAAAAUGUUGUCAGACGCCGGAGAUUGGAUGUAUGAGCAGGAAGAUGAUGCCAAGAAAGAGGUGUUCAAGAACAAGUUGAAGGAACUGAAGAAAGCUGUGAAGGACUUGGUGUACCGAGUGAAGGAACUCCGUGAACGUCCUAAGGCCCUCGAGGCACUGAACUCCAUGUUGAAUCAAUCUCAAUUCUUCCUAGUUAGUGUUCGGAAUCUGUCACAAGGAGAGGAUCCAAUGUUUACCGAGGUGGAAGGCAACACACUGGAAAAACUCAUUAAUGAAACAUAUCAAUGGUUAGAGACCAUGACAAAGGAACAAAACAUCACCCCCCUGACAGAGAAACCCAAGCUGUUGGUGGAAGAUGUUGCCAUGAAAUACCAAGCUCUGGACAGAGAGGUUAAAUACCUUAUCAACAAGGCCAAGUUAUAUCGUCCCAAAACCAAACCAAAAGUCAGCAAAAACACCACAGCCACAAAUGAUAGCAAAACAGAUACCAACCAGACAGACUCCUCCACAGAUGAGAAUGCCAAAUCCGAUGGUGAGGGAAAAGGGCCACAGUUAAAUACACCUGAGACAGAGACCAAAGCUCCGAAGAGGAGGCCCAAAUCAAAACGAGGGGAGGAGAAAUCAGAAGGGGAGGAAGAAAUCCUUCAGUUAGAUGGUGAUCAACAGGAAAACUCACAAGAUAAAACCACAGAGAAAACAAAAGAAACAGAUGACACAGUGACACAUGAUUCUAGUGACUUAUAACCCUGGUGGAGAUUAGGAAUAAUAUUAUGAACAACUUACUCAAUACAUGUAACAAUGUUCAUGAUUGGUUGGUUUUGAAAAAUGAGAAAUCACAAGCUUACCAUGCAGAAAAUAAUUAUUGAAAUAGUCAAUUCAAAUGCAUUUGAUGAGGGGUUAGUAACAUGGAAUUUCGACCAACAUACUAUUUCCAAAGCAUUACUAGUACCGCUAUGAUAGUUCAUCCAUUGCAUUACAUUGAAAUGUAUACCUGUGUUGUUUUAACAUUGAUUUACUUUCAAAAACAAAAGCCAACCAUUUUUAACUUAAACGACCAGUAAAAAUUCCACUGGCUACAGGUUUUUUUGGUUUCUUCAACAUAUCAUUCUGUAAUUACCGAUUUAAGACAGCAUACACUGAUUUCAGUCCACUUACUCGUACAAUACAGUCUUUUAUUCAAUGAUCAGAUUGUUUGAUUUUUGUAUCAUUUUUUAACAAGAACACAAGCUAAUGAAAUCUUUAAGUUAUGUGAUCCUUUUCACAGAUAAAAAUUCUUCUUCCACAUCACUAACAUCUUAAAGCAUAGCUACAUGUAUGUUUAAAGUAAACAAGAAAUGCUUUAUUUACAUGUAUGAAAAUCUGCAAUAGAUGAGUUUUAAAAAAUUACAUUGUUUCUAAAUUUAGAUCUUAGUUGAGAUUUUUGCAAGACCUUGAUAUCUCAAUUCUUUAUACAUCGUACAUGGUAUUUUUAUAGUGUUGAGUUUGAACAUUGAUGGAGUGAAUGGUUAGAUGGUUUGAAUGUUUAGGCUGUGUGACUGUAGAUAUUUUAUGUAUGAAAUGUAUUGAUUUAUUUAUGAAGAUUUCUCAUGUGUGUGUGUGUGAACAUGAUGUUUCUAUAAAUGGUGAGUUGUAGAUUUAUGUGUUAUUGUUAUCAUUGGUACCAUAAACACUUGCAUUAAGAGAAAUGUGUUGGAAUGAGAGUUUUUGAAAUGUCGAAUUAUCCUUCAUUUAAUUCCACGUUCAAUGUCUGAGUGUUUUGAGUGGAUUUGGUGCAUUAGAGUCCGUUGUAAACAUCACACACUACACCAUUACAUUCCCAUCCCUGUGUAUCUGGUUAUUUAUCUGGUAAAGUACAGGGUCUGAACGGUGUUAAUGACCUUGCAAAAAUUAAUGAUUGUGUUCACAUUUAGCACUGUAUGUGAAAUAAAAGAUUUUUGUAUUGUUCGACAUUACAAGAUAUUAAAGCUUGAGAAAGAUGGUGCAGAGAUUUUGUCACUUGUAACAUUAAAUUAUUGUUGAUGAAAUAUUUUUAAAAUAUAUUUAAAAAUGGAA